CCCUGAUAACGAGCGGCCCAUUUCACAAUCCCUAUUACUGGGUUAUAUUUCAUCACGGAUGGAGCCUAUUUAUGUACCAAGAGUCUUGGCUCGUGCAGAUAAGGACACGAGAAGCUCGAAACAAGCGUCUUUCCCGACCCUAUGGUAGUCUGGGUCCAGCCAAGAGAUACUGCAAACCAAGGGAGAAGGUGAAGAUAAAUUGCGAUGGAGACCGAGAGCUUGUCCAGCUUUUCGCUUGUUUCCCAAAGAUCAAUCGCUUCAAAAACAAGAACGAAUGCUAUGAUAUAUAUUUGUUGUCAUCAUCUUAGCUCCUCACCGAAUAGAGAGCGUAUCUGAUCGUCAUGGCUGCGCCGGUGUACAAUGCUUCUAUGCCGGAAGGAGGCGAUCCUACCAAACUCGACGUCAAUGCACAAUAUGCGGGAUUGGAGUACAAUUACAUCUACAUCACUGCCUGCACUUUCAUCGUCUUCUUAAUUCUACCCGGGAUCGCUUUCCUCUACAGUGGAUUAACCCGACGGAAGUCGGCAUUGGCCCUCCUCUUCCAAGGCUUUAUGAUCCUUGCGGUUGUCACAUUCCAAUGGUUAUUCUGGGGGUAUUCUCUAGCUUAUUCCAGAAAUGGAGGGCCAUUCAUCGGCACGCUGCAGAAUUUUGGACUAAUGAAUGUCAUGGUGGCACCCUCACCCGGUUCCACGGUGCUUCCAGAAAUCGUCUUCUGCCUAUUCCAGCUCCUUUUCUGCGCUUGCACGGUAAUGAUACUUGCGGGUGGAGCCUUUGAAAGAGGCAACAUCUUACCGUCUCUGAUCUUCAGCUUCUUCUGGGCCACGAUCGUCUACUGCCCCCUUGCCAGGUGGACAUGGAGCAGUAACGGCUGGCUUUAUAAAUUUGAGGCCAUAGACUUUGCUGGUGGUGGCCCUGUCCACAUAGCUUCAGGUUGUGCAGCUUUAGCAUAUGCGCUGGUUCUCGGGAAACGGUUACACCAUGGAGAAGCCUCGCUUCGCAAACCCCACAACACGACGUUGGUAUUUCUCGGAACAGUUCUCAUCUGGACAGGAUGGCUUGGGUUCAAUGGUGGAUCGAGUCUUAACGCCAGUAUGCGUGCUAUGGUGGCCGUCUUCAACACCAAUACGGCGGGAUGCACAGGGAUCCUGGGAUGGGUCUUAGUCGAUAUGAUCAAACACAGAGGUAAAUUCUCAGUGGUUGGGGCUUGCGAAGGCGCCAUUGCCGGUCUCGUGGGGAUCACACCAGCUGCCGGUUGUGUUUCUCUUUGGCUAGCGGCUUGUAUUGGGUUCAUUACCGGCAUCGUUUGCUCAUCACUCCAGAACAUUAAUGACUGGCUCAGGAUUGAUGAGGGCAUGGAUGUCUUCAAGCUUCAUGGGAUUGGUGGCAUGGUAGGUGCCUUCUUGACCGGGCUUUUCGCGAGUGAAUCUAUUUCAGCCCUGGAUGGGGCUAGUCUUACUGGCGGAGCUAUUGAUGGCAACGGAAUUCAGGUCGGCAGACAGCUUGCUGAGAUUUGUGCUAUUGCCGGAUAUUCUUUUACCGUGUCCUACAUCUUGCUCUUCAUUCUCAAGUACAUCCCUGGGAUGCGUCUACGGGUGGAUGAAGAAUCGGAGAUUAUGGGUCUCGACCGGGCACAGUUCUUUGACGAACAGAUCGGAGACUGGUCGAUAGCACAUGGCAUGAGCAGUCCGAUGUUGAUGGGGGUGUCAAAAGAGCCAUCCGAGUCAAAAGAUGAGCAAAAAGAGAAGAAACCAGCAGUCUAGCGGCCGUACAAUGAGUCGUUGCAAUAGCGCGGACAUGAUUCAAGUGAUUAUAUAAUUCCUAGAUACUACCUAUGCACGAGUGCCAAUUGUAUACGUACAUAUGUACAUCCCAGCAACAGGGUCCAAUUACUCCACACCUUGGCGAUCUGGGGGUUCAGGAUUAGUGUUUCUUAAGGGUUCAAUCUUCAAUGGAAUUCUUCCCCAUUGUUUAUGGGGUCGGUCGCCGACGGGACGAUCACUCGUAGGUCAAACGGUUGUUGCUCC